UGUCAGCAACGGGUGUCGGUGAAACAGCCGAAUCCACUCAUUUGAAGUGGUUGUGUAGUUGUUGGUAGUUUUAAGAGUAAUACAGACAGCAGAACGUCAUGCUACUGAGACAUUUUAUAAGACAAGGCUGAAAGUAGUAGGCUAGCCUACUUCCUUAACCGUGUGUAUGGGGCGGGUACCUGUCCUGAGCGAACGGGACAGCAGACCGCAUGAGGCCGCACCACACACCACAGAAAAAAAGAGAGAAGAGGUUUCAAACUUUUAUCAAGUCAGGGUCAUGAUUAACACGGCAGAGUAUGGCAACACGUCGUGGGAGCUGUCAGUCCAGGUAGACCAGAGAGAUGGAGACGAGGGCAUGAGGUUUAAACUCAGAGUCAAGGGAGACCUGCACAUUGGAGGACUCAUGCUCAAACUGGUGGAGAAGAUCAAGGCCCCUCAGGACUGGUCAGACCAUGCUCUGUGGUGGGAGCAGAGGAGCUGUUGGCUGCUGAAGACCCACUGGACCCUGGACAAGUACGGUGUCCAGGCAGACGCUGACCUGCGAUACACUCCCCAGCACAAACCCCUGUGUCUGCAGCUGCCCAACAUGAAGAUGGUCAAACUCACCGUCAGCUACUCUGCCGUCGUCUUCAAGACCGUCGUAAAGAUCUGCAGAGCACUCAACAUCAGGAGGCCAGAGGAGCUGUCCCUGCUGAAGCCUCCAGAUAACCCGCCCAAGAAGAAGAAGAAGAUGAAGAAAGACAAGAACCCAGCGCUGGAAGACAUCUUAGAUAUGGACAUCUUCAAUGGAAGCUCUGGGAGAACGGGCAGUCCCUUGUACAGUAAGACCAUGGUGCCCACCUAUGACCCAGAGAAUGGGACUCCAGCCUCGGCCACCAGCUUAUGGUUUGGGGACAACCCCCUGACCUCCAGCCAGCCCAACCUGCCCCCUGUAGAGCUGGCCAAGAUGUACCAGCAGUUGUCCAUGGUGGACAAAGCCAUCAUCAACGCAGCUGCUGAUGUGAUUGACAGGUGGCUGGACUCCUCCCGCUCCUUGAUGGAACAGGGCAUCGGAGAACAUGACAGACUGCAGCUACGCUUCAAAUACCACUGCUUCUUCGACCUCAACCCAAAGUAUGAUGCUGUGAGGAUAACCCAGUUGUAUGAGCAGGCUCGCUGGUCCAUCCUACUGGAGGAGAUCAACUGCACUGAGGAGGAGAUGCUCAUGUUCGCCUCCUUACAGUAUCACAUAUGUAAGAUGACCAUUUCGACAGAACCUCUGGACUUCUCCAAUGAACUGGAGAUAGAUGAAGUAGAGGCUGCCUUAUCCAAUCUAGAGGUCACACUUGGAGGAAAAACAGACAGAAUAUUGGAAGACAUCACAGACGUUCCGAAGCUGGCAGACUCCCUCAAGCUGUUCAGGCCUAAAAGGCUGGCAUUGCGUUCAUAUAAGGAGUACUGGUUCGUGUUUAAAGACACCACCAUCUCCUACUACAAGAACAAAGAGACCGCCAGCGGAGAGCCGAUAGAACAGCUGCAUCUCCGAGGAUGUGAGGUGGUCCCUGACGUCAAUGUGACGGACAAGAAGUUUGGCAUCAAGCUGCUUCUCCCAGUGGCUGAUGGGAUGAAUGAGGUCUACAUCCGCUGUGACAACGCUUCUGACUGUAAACUGACGAGGAGAAACUGGGAUUGGUCUAGUUCGGAGGUGAAGAACAUCCAGUCGUUCCUGCAGAUGAAGAGUCUGGCGCCCCCCCCCCCCCCCCCCCCCUGGUCAGACCUGGAUGCCAUGGAGAUGAACGCUGAGUGCUUUGUCUCUCCUAGAUACACCAAGAGGUACAAGACCAAACAGCUGACAGCGAGGAUCCUGGAGGCCCAUCAGAACAUUGCCAGUCUCUCUCUCAAUGAAGCUAAAAUGCGCUUCAUCCGUGCCUGGCAGUCCCUGGCUGAGUUUGGUAUCAAAUACUACAUUGUCAGGUUCCAAGGCAGUAAGAAGGAUGAGCUGAUGGGUAUCUCCUAUAACCGUCUGAUCCGUAUUGACAUGUCCACUGGCCUGCCUGUCACCACCUGGAGAUUCGCCAACAUGAAACAGUGGAAUGUCAACUGGGAGAUCAGACAGGUGGCUAUAGAGUUUGACCAGAAUGUGUCGAUAGCCUUCUCCUGUGUGAGCUGUGACUGUUAGGUGGUCCAUGAGUACAUAGGAGGAUACAUCUUCCUCUCAACACGCUCCAAAGACCAGAACGAGACACUGGAUGAGGAACUCUUCCACAAACUCACUGGAGGGCAGGAAUGAACCCUGGUCAUCAGCUUUCACUUAGUGCUGCUGGCAAGAAAUCAUUUAAAUGCAUUGUUGAUAUGGUUUUGCAGACUACAUCAAUUAUUUGUUCACAUUGUAAAUUGCAGAGAAAAGUAGAAUGUCUUUGUCACUAUAUUUCAUCCCGAGACCAUCUCUACAGGAUGGGUAGACCAUCUCUACAGGAUGGGUAGACCAUCUCUACAGG